CCGCAGCCCUCGCUGCCCAGUCCCGGACGCGGGGUGGUCUCAGCAGGGGAGGAAGUUCCCGGGCGCCGCCGCCUGCGUCACAGCGGGACUCGGACCGCCGGGCGGGCUCGGCUGGCGGCGGCCGCAGCGACCCCGGGGCCGGGCGCUGGGCGGCGCUGGCUGCCGCUGGCCCGGCUGCGCGCGGGGCGGCGCUAGAGGCGGCUCCGUCCGCGGCCCGGGAGGCGGAGGGGAGGAGGGCUGCGGGACUGGGGCGUUAGCUGCGUUCCGGCUGGGAGCCCGCGAAGAGCGCGAGGAGGAAGGCGCCGCCGUGGCCGCGGCCGCAGUGCUCGGGGCGUGACGAGCCAUGAGCAGCGGUCCCGCGGGCGACCCCGCCGUCGCUGGCUGCUGCUGAGCGCGGCCGGGGGACAACUCGCCGCUCCCCAGCACUCUCCCCAGCUGGCACCCUCGCGCCCAGAGAUUAAUGUGGCUGCUAAUGACUAAACUUAAAGUUCUGGGAAUGCAGAUGUUCAAUGAGAAACAUGAUUCCUGUGACAGAAUUCCGGCAGUUCUCUGAGCAGCAGCCUGCCUUCCGGGUGCUGAAGCCAUGGUGGGAUGUGUUUACCGAUUACCUCUCUGUGGCCAUGCUGAUGAUCGGCGUGUUUGGAUGUACUUUACAGGUCAUGCAAGACAAGAUAAUCUGCCUUCCGAAAAGAAUGCAGCCUUCUCAGAACCAUUCUUCUGUUUCGAAUGUGUCUCAGGCAGUUGCCAGCCCCACCCCACUGCCUCCACCUGCACCACCUGCUGCUAACCCCGGCACUGUGGAAAUGAAAGGACUGAAGACCGACCUGGACCUGCAGCAGUACAGUUUUAUAAACCAGAUGUGCUAUGAGCGAGCCCUCCACUGGUAUGCCAAGUAUUUCCCUUACCUUGUCCUCAUCCAUACUCUUAUCUUCAUGCUCUGCAGUAACUUUUGGUUCAAGUUCCCUGGCUCCAGCUCCAAAAUAGAACAUUUCAUCUCAAUCCUGGGGAAGUGUUUUGACUCUCCCUGGACCACACGGGCUUUAUCCGAAGUAUCUGGGGAAGACUCGGAAGAAAAGGACAACAGGAAGAACAACAUGAAUAGAUCCAGCACCCACCAGUCUGGUCCAGAAGGCAGCUUGGUGAACUCUCAGUCUUUAAAGUCAAUUCCUGAGAAGUUUGUGGUUGACAAAUCCACGGCAGGGGCUCUGGAUAAAAAGGAAGGUGAGCAAGCAAAGGCCUUAUUUGAGAAGGUGAAGAAGUUCAGGCUGCAUGUGGAGGAAGGUGAUAUAUUGUAUGCCAUGUAUGUUCGCCAGACUGUACUGAAGGUUAUAAAAUUCCUGAUCAUCAUUGCAUAUAAUAGUGCCCUGGUUUCCAAAGUCCAGUUCACCGUGGACUGUAAUGUUGACAUUCAGGAUAUGACUGGAUAUAAAAACUUUUCUUGCAAUCAUACCAUGGCACACUUGUUCUCAAAACUUUCCUUUUGCUACCUAUGCUUUGUAAGUAUCUAUGGAUUGACAUGCCUUUAUACUUUAUACUGGCUGUUUUACCGUUCUCUAAGGGAAUAUUCUUUUGAGUAUGUCCGGCAGGAGACCGGAAUUGACGAUAUUCCUGACGUGAAAAAUGACUUUGCUUUUAUGCUUCAUAUGAUAGAUCAGUAUGACCCUCUCUAUUCCAAGAGAUUUGCAGUGUUCCUGUCUGAAGUCAGUGAAAACAAAUUAAAGCAGCUGAACUUAAAUAACGAGUGGACUGCUGAUAAACUGAGGCAGAAGCUACAGACAAAUGCCCACAACCGACUGGAAUUGCCUCUUAUCAUGCUCUCUGGCCUUCCAGACACCGUUUUUGAAAUCACAGAGUUACAGUCUCUAAAACUUGAAAUCAUUAAGAACGUAAUGAUACCAGCCACAAUUGCGCAGCUUGACAACCUCCAAGAACUCUCUUUACACCAGUGCUCUGUCAAAAUCCACAGUGCGGCUUUGUCUUUCCUGAAGGAAAACCUCAAGGUCCUGAGCGUCAAGUUUGAUGACAUGAGGGAGCUGCCCCUCUGGAUGUAUGGACUCCGGAAUCUGGAAGAGCUUUACCUAGUUGGCUCUCUAGGUCACGAUAUUUCCAGAAAUGUCACCCUUGAGUCUCUACGGGAUCUCAAAAGCCUUAAAAUUCUCUCUAUCAAGAGCAAUGUUUCCAAAAUCCCGCAGGCAGUGGUUGACGUUUCCAGCCAUCUCCAGAAGAUGUGCAUACAUAAUGAUGGCACCAAGCUAGUAAUGCUCAACAACUUAAAGAAGAUGGUUAAUCUGACAGAGCUGGAACUGGUCCACUGUGACCUGGAGCGUAUUCCCCACGCUGUGUUCAGCCUGCUUAGCCUCCAGGAAUUGGACCUGAAAGAAAAUAACCUGAAAUCUAUCGAAGAAAUCGUCAGCUUUCAGCACUUGAGAAAAUUGACAGUACUAAAACUGUGGCAUAACAGCAUCACCUACAUCCCAGAGCAUAUAAAGAAACUCACCAGCCUGGAGCGUCUAUCCUUUAGUCACAAUAAAAUAGAGGUGCUGCCUUCCCACCUCUUCCUAUGCAACAAAAUCCGAUACUUGGACUUAUCCUGCAAUGACAUUCGAUUCAUCCCCCCUGAAAUCGGAGUUCUACAAAGUUUACAGUAUUUUUCCAUCACUUGUAACAAAGUGGAGAGCCUUCCAGAUGAACUCUACUUCUGCAAGAAACUUAAAACUCUAAAGAUUGGGAAAAACAGCCUAUCAGUACUUUCACCGAAAAUUGGAAAUUUACUAUUUCUGUCCUACUUAGAUGUUAAAGGUAAUCAUUUUGAAAUCCUUCCUCCUGAACUUGGCGACUGUCGAGCUCUGAAGAGAGCUGGUUUAGUUGUAGAAGAUGCUCUGUUUGAAACUCUACCUUCUGAUGUCCGGGAGCAAAUGAAAACAGAAUAACUUAUUUUUCUUUAAAGUUUGACUGAAACAUGCUUCUACCAAAUACAGUAUAAAUGAUUAGUCUUUACGCCUUUCCCAUUUUGUUUUUUUUUUCUUUUUCACACAAAACAAAAUGUACACAAAGACUGAGUAAGGAGUAUGUAUAUUUUUAAUAAAAAUUUAUUUGUAUUUUUUCAGUAUUAAUAUUUAAAAUUUUAUUUGUCCCGGAACCUAAUGUAUCUAUUAUUGUUUUCUACUGACAGAAACAGAUGGUUCUAUCUGUUUGGGUUUUUUCUUCAGUUCACUCUUGUGAAAGGGAGGAAAUUUGAGUUGCAAGGUUUUUGAGAUUUUUUAAGUAGAUGAAGGUAUUUUGCCAAGGUCAUUGUUAGCUUGUUUACACCUGUACAGGGUCCUUAUUUUUGUUUUCAUUGUGUGUGUACCAAGGAAUCUGUGCUGGUUGUUUUAAUGCCAGCUGCCUUCUCCAUUGGCCAAGUUCUUCAUUCUACAUAGAAAACUCUUCUCUUGAGUCUAAAUACACAUAAGUGCGUUGUCACCAAGUAUUUAAAAAAUUUUCCCCACCUCCAACAGAACCCUAAAUCAUAUUAUUUCAUAUGCUUGACAGUUCUGCUUAGACAAGGAGUGUGUGAGUAGGCGAAGACAAUUUCUUCAAAAGGUGGCAUGCUUGAAUUGAUCAUCUAACUGAUUUGCAUUUUUACCAUUUUAAAAAUAUCAUUUAAAAUCUAAGUACAGAGGCUCCCCCUCCCCUUUUAACUUGAAUACUGCUAUGUCAAACUCGCAAGCACAGAAACUAGAUUCCUUUAAAUAUUCUAGUAGGUAAUUAAAUUUAAAAAUCAUAGAAUGAGAAGCCUGUUUUUGAGUAAUUUAAUCAUCCUUGAUAUCUUGAUAUGCAGGUGCAUCAGAUGGAAAAAUUUCACUACUAAAUCUCUGUUAAGUAGCUGGAAUACUCCACUCAGGCUCUCUCCCUUCCUCUGGGCAGGGUGGCAGUGGUAAUCUCUUCAAGCUGCCUGUCGUUCAAAAUAUUCCACUUAAAUAUUUUCGAUUUCCCUCAAGCCUGCCUUUGCUGCGAAUGCUAGUGAUGCAAGCCCUGGAACUCUAUCUGCUCUCUAUGGUUCAAAAUAAGUAUUUCAUCUAAAACGGUUCUGUUAUUUUUUUUUUUUAAAUUGUGAAUAAAAUGCUAAGUGGUUGUCACCUAGUAAUAACUUCUUCCUGAUGGUCAACGGAAAUUUUGUUUAUCUUUGUACUUAAAAUCCAACGUAGUGUGAUUCUUGGGAAAAAUUUUUCAUGGACUGUUAAGCUGUAUAGAACUGGAAAAUGAAAUACACUAUUUGUGCCCUCAGUCCAGGACCAGUACUACUGAUCAUAGGAACUUUGUUUUCUGUCCCAUAUUCAUGUUGACUUUUUUCCAAGUCCUCAUCUGAACUAAGAAAGUUUUAUGACUUAACAAUAAAAGUAGGAAAAAGAUUUGGGGGGUUCAAAUGCUGUUUUUAAAAAUUGUUCCUUGUUCCCGGUAAAUUUGUUCAGUGCUUCUUUGAGUCAUACACUGAAUGCAACUAUAGGAAUUUCUCAGCAGACAUGUGUACCUCAAACGUGUUUUAAAUGUUAUGAUACAUCGUGGGGCAAAGGAUUAGGGAAAGAGAUGCUUUUCAUAUGCUUAAUAAUCUAAUGAUGUAAACCAAAGUGCUUCACAGUUUCUGCUAAAUGUUAGUUUUAGCAAGGAGAUUUUGCAUAGAGGAUUUAUUUACAGUUGAAAUUGAAAUAACAUGUUUGAAAUAGUAACAUGGUUAUAUUUCUUGUCUGAUAAAAUAUUCAAUUUCAGACUAUUGUGGGGAAUGAGUUGUAUUUAGAAACAUAACCGUGUUUGUUUUAAACAGCUAAACACUUAUUGGCAGAUUGUCCAUGGCUAAACAUAACAGAAAUACCCUGUUGAAAGGUAAGCUUAGAUAGCUGCUGGUAAAACACUGGGUGCACUAUUUUUCUGGAUGAAAUUUUAGUUAUUUUCUAUAUCACCCUUCAAAAGGGAUCUAUUCAGGUUAAAAAAUCGUAUUUAUGCUGAAGUAUUUAUCUAAUAUUAAUUGAUAAUCUCAUAUGGAUUCAUAACUAAAUAAGUUACUAAAAACUAGCUCUUAUUACUUAUAGCAAUUUGCUCAAAAUUCCAAAAGGACUUGUAUUGUUAAUGAUUUCACAGGCAAAUCCCCAACCUAAGUUUUAAAUGACACCUAGUAAAUCAGUAUAAUUCUGUGAUUUCAUGUUUUAACUCAAAAGGGAAAUUCAUAGAUGUUUCUAUUAGAUUUUAUAAAAAUUCCAAAGACUCAAAAUUCAUUUUGAGUCUAAAUUUUCUGACUCUGGCCCUUUUUAAUAUUGUAGCUUUUGUUCAUAUUCUUAAGUAAGGAACAUUCAAUUACUAUUUGGCCUUUAAAUGGGAAACUCAGGUAAAUGAACUGCUGACUUUUCUAAAGUCCUUUAACUGAUCAGUGUGUAAGGAGUAUUUACCUAAUCACCUUCUGUAUUUUACAAGUGCCCUUGCUAAAAAGGAACAACUAGCCCUAUUUCUCCAACCUCUAUAAUAUUCAUGAGAAACUGCUAAUGUAAAUUUAAAAGCAUCAUAUUUAUUCAUAACUCCUAUGGCUGCUUGCAGUCCAUGGUGAGUAAAUUUUUUGGUCAGUUUUAAUGGUUAAGUAUAGAACAAACAAUUGUCUUGUGAAAGUCUGGUUGAAUUGUACCAUAUAAAUAUUUUCUAACGGAAGCUGCCUAAGAAAACUAGUGUUUCUUGUUAUGUGUUGGGUUUUUUGGUUUUGUUGUUUUGUUUUGUUUUUAACACACACCUUCAAUACAGAGGUUCUUGAUAACAGUAAAACUUAUUUACAAUUGUAAAAUUUUCUUAUUGUUCACUAUCUUCUUCUCUGUCAUUACAUUUACCAUGUAGGUAUUUUAAUGGGUUCUGACAAUUUACACGGCAUCUUGUGCGAUAGGCACUACUUUUCUCAGAGAAGCUUGGAAAAUAUGCCUACUGUGAGUAUUUUAUUCAUUUAGAGAUGCCUCCUUACCUGACUCGCAAGCCGUCUUUGUGGAGGAGAGUUUAAACAACCCGGAAUCUACUUGGGAUGAGGGAGGCCCAAGUUCUUGCAAUAUGCUAUCCUAUGAGUACUGAUACUAUGAAACAGAAAACAAAAUCUUUGUAUCUUUUACCAUUUCUCCUGAGUGGUUUUACUGUUAUUUAUUUUCCUAACUCUGGUAUAAGAAAAGUCCAUUCUUUAAGUAGUUUGUUUUACUCUCGAAUCUAAUAUCAUACCAAAUUACCGGGUAAAUAGUAAUGACAUAUUUAUUUAAAUAGUGAACAUUCAUGAUCCAUCUAUGAAAACUGUAGGCAGUAGUACUCAGUAGUGAACAGUUAAGAUAAAUAUCAAUAUAAACUUUGUUUUAAGAUUCAAUUAGCAUUCUCCUAUUAAUCCUGAACAUGACCAUUCUAUUCAAACGGUUCUCAUUUUUGGUAGGAUCUCAAUCACUCAGGGUAGGGUUCCAUUCUAACCUAAAGUUAACUUAGCAAAGCAGCAGUUAUUGGAGAGGGGACUACCUCAAGAGUCUGUCAGAUUUUCUCAUCCUUUCUUGUCUAUUCAAAGACUACUCAAAGAAAACUUGGAGAGUCCCAGCCAGAUCUGCCAUUGAUUUUUCAGAUUUAAGCCUCAGUGACAUUGUUCUGAUACAGUUUCAUGCCAGCUUUCCAAAGCACGUGGCAGCCCACCUGGACACCAGGCAUCCACUCUUCCUCCAUUUUCCCAGGGCCACUCACUGAUAAAGGUAACGCCACCACUGCCAUCUCAAGGGUUUUUUUUUUUUUUCUUAAAUCAGACGACCUUGAAAAGGGAUAUAUAACUUUGCACAAUUUAAUUUCUUGGUCGUGUUAAAAAAACAGCUCCUGUGCCUGUUUUUUAACGUGGUGUAUAAAUUUGUUUCUUUUGAUACCUCUCUCUCUCCCUCCUAAUUCUGUUUCUUUAAUGAAUAUUUUUAUUGGGGUUGACUCCAUGCCUUACAUAUUCACUCAGUUUCCCCUUUGCCACUUGUUUUCUUUCACUGUCUGUGUUCAGAUUGUGUCAAAUACUGGCAAAACCUCUAAGACUGUCAAGAAAAUGCUUGAAAGUUUGAUUUGUCUAGUGCAAAUUCAUGAUGAAGUCUCAAUGUUAUUUGGCUAUGUAGUAUAGAAAAUAAAUAGUCAUUUUUGUAAUUUAAAAUUGAGAUUUGUCUCUUUGUUAUUUGUUUUUAGAAAUCAUGUUUAUCUUUUGCAUUUCUUAAACUGUCACUGAGGCUCCCUGUGCUCUGCAGGAAAUAGAUUGCUGAGUGUGUACCAUGCAUUGUUAGUUACUGCAAUUGUGACUAAUUAUUUCCUUCCUUAAUUCACUGUAUUGCAUCUACCUACGGUGCCCCUGGAGUUUCACUUGGGUAAUUAGUGCCUUAAUCUGGGAUCUGGAGUGCAAUUUCUGUGCAUUUGCCAGAUCAGAUUGUACAAUGGCUGUCCACUCCAGCUUCCAGUAAAUACUUUUCUGUAAUGACUGUGGUUACUUAAAGGAAUCAGAAUGGUUCUGCACAGCUAGGAGGCCUCUCCUAAUUAAUCACAUUUGCUCCAGACUUAAGGAAACCCUCUGUGCCAGUUUGAAUGUAUUGUGUCCCCCAAAUGCCAUUAUCUUUGUGGUCUUGUGUGGGGCAGAAGUUUUGGUGUUGGUUAGAUUUGCUUGGAGUGUGCCCCACCCAGCU